UAAUUUUUGGCAUCACAAGCGUAGGCAACACCGCAUCAACUGAACGAUGGAACACAAUGCGUGAUAUGGGACGCUGAUCGCGGGGGGCAGCCCAACGAUGCGCCAGCACAAAGGCAGCAACGUCGCGCUCGUAGCGCUGAUCAGCCUGGUCGUCGGCGCCUCGUACCACCGGCUCUGGCGCCUCGCGAAACAACCGACAACCACCCAAUGGGUCACGCACGCGCGCGCGAAGGCGAGGCCCGCGCCGCGGACGUUCGGCCACCCUACGGCGGGAGACCCGCGCGGGCGCGCCGGCCGCGCGCCCCUGUCUCAUAGUGGUACGAGACGCCGCAUCAAAGAACUGGGAGCCUGGGAGACCGUGGCCUCAGCGUCACGCCCAUACGAAUUCUGCGAGUCGUCAAAGGCAACCUACAAGGACCUCAUCUACGUCGUGGGCGGCUUCCUCUGCGACUUCAAUCGCGUGACCGAUAAAAUCCAGAUGCUCAACACGACGAGUGGUGUGUGGAAGACCGUCGCUUACUUGCCGGCCACCGCCGCGAAAACGCACCACGGCGCCGCUGUCUCGAGAGAUGGCACGUGGCUGUACCUUGUCAGUGGGCAAUUAGGACCCGGUUGCACGCUGGGCACGGCCGAGUCCUGGGCCGUGCGGUUCGUCGGGCGGCGGCAGACGAAAAAAGCCGUCUGGGUCCGUUUGCCGGACCUCCCGGAAGUGCGGUACGCGCCCUCGGCUUUCGUCGAUGGGAACACCUUGCAUGUGAUUGGGGGUGCCGGUCCGAACCGCCGGGAUCCGAGACCGGACCACUACGUGCUGCCGCUGAAUCCCUCAGGAAGGCCGUCGAAAUCGGGCUGGUUCCGACUGGGCGCAGUGCCGGGCGGCGGCGCCGAUAGCGCGGGUGCUGCUGUUGUUAGAGGCCACGCGUACCGCUUCGGCGGCCAGCACGGGCACCCGCCGGCCGUCAACGUCCUCGUCGACAACAACCAGCAGUGCCAGUCGUCGCCCGAGGUCGCACACGUCCAGGCCUAUCGGAGGCCCCUCUCUCACACCGAUGGAGUCAAAAAAUGGGCGCCCGUCGCGCCCUUACCUUGGCCGGCCUCGCACAUCGGCCUGUCCACCGUAUCUGUAGGGGAUGACGUCCUGAUUGUCUCAGGGAAGGAUGGGAAGGAGACGACGUCGCGAAUCGCGGCCUACGACGUCGUUACGGAUACGUGGCGGGAAUUGAGAAGCCUCGACUGGGGCCAACCGGAUUUUCUCGCCUAUGUGUCUCAAGGCUACUUAAACGCUUUGAAAUUCAAGUGGCACCCCACGAAUUCGACGCUCGACGACGACUACAAGUCCAUCUGGAAGCGCCGGAACAACGGUGAACUGAAAAAGUUCCCGUGGCCGCGCGCGUUUUCCCAUCAACGGGCGAAAAUUGUGUAUGAACAAGUGACGGCGCCACGGACACCCCAGAAGCGCUUCGACUCAUCAGAAGUGAGCAUCACACCGCUCCCCGGGUCCUCGUUCGGCGCUCGGAUAGCAGGCGUCGACCUCGCGUCCUUACUCCCAGAGCCGCCAGCAGCCUUCGGGAAGUGGCUGAGGGAGACGCUCGACACGUACGCCGUGUUGCAUUUUAUUCAAAAAAGUGGUCUGGACGCGAAGCAGGUCGUGGCGUUCCACGCGCUGUUCGAGCACGACAUCGAGGCACCCCCGGACGCCUACCACAAGGGCAUGUGCCGGCUCUGGCGCGCUGGCUUGCCCGAGGUCAAUCUCUUAGCCAAUAGGGCCGUGACGGAGACCCAAACUGUGUCAGCGGGCGCUUUGGGUGAUGACGGCGAGCCGUGCAAAGAGGGCCAGGUGUAUGGCAUGGAGUCGUUGGCGUGGCACAGCGACGAGUCGUCGCGACCGGCCGGUUUACCUGUGAGAACGACGGUCUUCCAAGCGUUGAAGGCUCCUACCAAUAGUGACGCGGAGACGCACUUUGCUGACGGACGGCUAGAUUCCUUAUCAAUCGACGCAAAGCUGAAAAGGAGGUUGCUUUCUUUAAAUGUGACCUACGCCUCGAACGCGAAGUCCCUAGACGCCUUCAUGGCGCCCUGGGCCGUGGCCGGCCGCAAGGACAUGCUCGUGAGACAGGGGGGGUUCUCGAAGGACCCUUCGGCCGGCCAAUACGCGUCUUCGUUAAUCGAGGAGUGCUCGUCGAUUGGCGGGUGUGUGGUCCACGACUCUCCAUUAAUAUCGAAACACCCGCGGACCGGUAAGGCGGCGCUCCACCUGGACGUCAAGCAGCAGCUCGGCUUGCGGGGCGUGCCGUUCGCCGAGGCUCAGAACUUGCUCGAGCAAGUUGUCGGAAAAGCGGCCCACCCAUCGAAGGUCUACCGGCAUCGCUGGGCCGCCCACGACGUCGUCGUCACGGACAACUACGCGGCCCUGCACACCGCGGCGCCCGGCAAACAGUUCAACAGCGAGCCGCGGCUCAUCCAGCGCGUCUGCGUGCCGGGGGGCCACGUCCCCGAGUCUGUAUUGUAAUCGUAACAUCAC